CCACGUUCAUUGCGCCGUGCGGCAACCUGCGCCCGUGCCGUGGAGUUCCGCCGCUCCCGGAAGUGGCGGAAGGGUGACGGGACGGAGCGGAAGUCACCGGAAAGACGGGCGGAGGCGGCGAGCGAGGAUGAACAACAAAUUUGACGCUUUGAAAGAUGAUGACAGUGGGGACCAUGACCAGAACGAAGAGAACAGCACACAGAAAGAUGGUGAGAAGGAAAAAAAUGAUCGUGACAAACCCCAGAGUAGCACCAAGAGGAAGGCUGUUGUCCCAGGGCCGGCCGAGCACCCCCUGCAGUAUAAUUAUACUUUCUGGUACUCCAGACGAACACCCGGGAGACCCACCAGCUCUCAGAGCUAUGAACAGAACAUCAAACAGAUUGGCACCUUCGCCUCAGUGGAGCAGUUCUGGAGGUUUUACAGUCACAUGGUACGUCCUGGGGACCUGACAGGCCAUAGCGACUUCCAUCUCUUCAAAGAGGGAAUCAAACCCAUGUGGGAGGACGAUGCCAACAAAAAUGGUGGCAAGUGGAUUAUCCGUCUGCGCAAGGGCUUAGCAUCUCGCUGCUGGGAGAAUCUCAUUCUGGCGAUGUUGGGAGAACAGUUUAUGGUGGGGGAAGAAAUCUGUGGGGCAGUUGUCUCUGUCCGAUUCCAGGAGGAUAUUAUCUCCAUAUGGAACAAGACCGCUAGCGACCAGGCCACAACAGCUCGGAUACGCGACACGUUACGCCGAGUGCUUAACCUACCUCCGAACACCAUCAUGGAAUACAAAACGCACACUGACAGCAUCAAGGCCUGGGAGGAGUUUCAUGGCCUGGUGAACAGCAGUGGUCGCUGAUCGAACGCUCCCCCUCUCUCUGUCACACCCAGGGGAUAACUCAAGCUUUCGAAACACCAAAAUCACAUUGUGAGAACAAGGCUGGCGGUAAAUUCCUCUCUUGGUGUGAACCCCCUGAGAGGUCUCCAUCCGUGCCCUGCCAUUUCUGGAGGGCCGCGCAGGCUGGAUUGACCGCACCACCCUUUUGCACUCAACCCCGGAGGAAGGAUUUCAUUCAAAGCCCUUCUGCGUCGGUGACUAAUGAGAGGCUGACCUCGUCACACAAAACUCUUUCCAAGGGCAGGGUAGGAGGCCGACUUUUCAGUUAGCAGGGUGCCCUCCCAGGGCCUCCUUCAGCACUUUCUUUGCUCUUUCUAUACCCUGUGCAGAGGAUAUUGUGAUUCCCAUGCUCUUGUGCUGAGGGGUACCAGUAUUAAUGAAUCUCUGCGGCCAGGAGAGAUGACCCAUUGGUUUGCAAAUGCCCCCUUUCAGCUCUGCCAAUAAAUUAUUGGGUCUCUGUUUCUUUCAAUCUCUCUGGCUUGGUUUGUUUAAGAAUAGCUGGGGUGGCGAUUGUCUAGCUUGGCAUCUCCUCCUCUGCCCUUUCACCCCAGAGAGGCGGCCAGCCUGCCUCCUUCCCCUUCCCCGUCCCCAUCAACCACACAGGAACUGUCCUGACACAGGGUCCGCUUUGCAGUCUGCUCCUCUGGAGUGUGGAGUGCAGCCCUGCAUAACCCCACAGUAUUCAUUGCAGUCACAGCAGCAAUGACUUCAGCCUGAGGCGUUUGCCUAUAAAAACAGAGACUCUGUACCCUAGAUUGGUGAGUUAUAAAAAUGCCUGGCAUGGGUCUAGGUUCCUGCCACCCAGUCAGGCUCCUGCCUGUGCCACCAUCAGCCAUGUCCAUUAGCUGUCCCUUAAA